AGCACCACGUGCCGCCCCGGGGAGGGGCCUGAGCGGGUUUAAACCGGGAGGCGCCGGUCGCAGGCACAGCAGCGUACGGAGGGACUGCGUACGGAGUGCUGCGGGCACUGUCCGGGCAGGGAGCAGACGGUGGCCCCUGGCUGAGCAAGUUCUGUGCGAUGAACAGCCACGUCUCUCCUCUCAACCUCCUGGUCACCAAUGGCGCUGAGACGGCUGUCGUCCCUGAGACCGUGAAGGCCGUGCUGGGCGCCGGCACCCCAUCCGGGCCCCAGGCCAGGAGCCUCGCCGGCGCGUACGUGGAGGCCUCGGGCCAGGCCCAGCGUCUCUACGCUGUCAUGAAGCAGGGUCUCCUGCCCUUUGGGCUCGAGCUGGCUCUGCUGGAGGCCCAGGCGGCCCCGGGCAGGGCCAGCUGCUCCUCGUGUCUGAGGCCCUGCAGCAGGGCCUGGUGGGCCUGGAGCGGAAGGAGAAGCCGCUGGCCACCGAGCACGCGGUCACUGGGUACCCUGACCCUCUGGGGGUGGGAAGCUGGCCCUCUUCCAGGCCAUAGGGAAGGAGGUUGUGGACAGGGCACUGGGGUGGAGCUGGCUGGAGGCCCAGGAGGCCACGGGGGGCCUGGUGGACCCCAUCCAGGGCAUGCGCGUGGCCCCUGAGCUGGCCUGCCAGCAAAGCCUCCUGGACCAGGAGACGUGGUGUGGGCUGUUGGAGCUUGGGCCCAGCUCAAGAGCCCCAGGCUUCCUGGACCCCGACACGCCGGAGGGGCUGCCGUACCGGGAGCUGGUAGGCAGGUGUGUGCAGGCCCCCAGCACGGGGCUGGGCCUGCUGCUCCUCAAGAUCACUUUCCGUACGCUGAGUGGGGCACCGAGCUUGGCCAGGCCGCUGGAGGUGGGGGUCCUGGACGUGGAGACGGCCUGGCUGGCGGUGCCGGAUGUGGGUGCACGCACCGAGGUGCAGCGCCACCCGCAGGGCACCGGCGGUGUGGCAGGGCUCGUCCUGCUGCCUGCAGGGCACAAGAGCUUCCAGGCCUCGGGCCGAGCACCUGCUCCCCACGGGCGCCACGCUUCCGGUCCGGGAGGCUCAGGACGCCACCCGCAUGCUGGUGGACCCAGCCACCGGCCGGCAGCUGUGGCCAGAUGAGGCGGUCAGGGCAGGCCUGUUUGGACCAGAGCUCCACAGGCAGCUCCUGGCAGCAGAGCAGGUGGUGACGGGGUAUCGUGGCCCCUUCAGUGGCAUCCGAAUGCCCCUAUUCCAGGCCAUGACGAAGGAGCUGGUGGACAGGCCUCCGCUGCUGAGGCUCUUGGUUGCCCAGCUGGCUACAGGCAGGCGAGUGUGUCCUGCCCGCAGGCUCCGGCUGCCCUUGGAGGCCACCCUGCACUUCGGCUGCCUGGACAAAGAGCUCAGCAGCAUCUCUCGCAGGCGGCUGGCUUCUCGGACCCCGGCAUGCAGGAGAGCCUCAGCUGUGGGCAGCUGCUGGCCCACUGUGUCACCGACCCAGAGACGGGGCUGGCCUUCCUGCCCAUCUCAGUGGGGAGUCCUGGAGCGGAGCCACAGGGGCCCCCGUUCACUGAGCACAGCACCUGGCAGACCUUGAGAGCUGCCGUGGCCACCGUCUCCAUGGGCAAGUUCCAGGGCCGGCCCAUGUCGCUCUCCGAGGCAGUCCCCGUGGAGCAGAGGGUGACGCUGACCCAGCAGCACAAGGACGGGACCCUCUUGGUGGAGGAGCUGGUGGCUGCGCUGAGGGCCACCCACGAGCAGGCUGCAGCCACUGCCAGGACCACCUUGGCUGGGUGAGGAUGCCCGUGACUCCAGGAGAGCUUCUGAGAGUGGAGAUCAUCAACCAGGGCAUGUACGAGCAGCUGGAACGAGGCCGGACCAUGGGCAGCUUGGCCUCGUGCAGAGGUACUUGCGAGGCACCGGCUGCAUCGCCGGCUUGCUGUGCCCGGCUCCCAGGAGCCCCUCGGCAUCCACGAGACUUGUAGGAAGGGGCUUCUCAGGCCCGGCACAGCCCUCACCCUCCUGGAGACGUGAGCAGCCAGUGGCUUCAUCAUCAAAAGAAAACAAGGGGUAUUCGGUGGAGGAGGCACUGAGGGCUGGCAUCAUGGGCCCGACGUGUUCGCGAGGCUGCUGUCGGCUGAGCGCGCCGUCACCGGCUACACCGACCCCUACACCGGGGAGCAGAUCUCCCUCUUCCAGGCCAUGAAGAAGGACCUCAUCGUCCGGAGCACGGCAUCCGCCUGCUGGAGGCCCAGAUCGCCACGAGCAGCGUCAUCGACCCCGUGCAUAGCCGCCGCCUGCCCGUGGACGUGGCCUACUGGCGCGGCUACUUCGACGAGGGGAUGAACCGCAUCCUGGAGGACCCCAGCGACGACACCAAGGGCUUCUUCGACCGCAACACACACGAGAACUUCACCUACGUGCAGCUGCUCCAGAGGGCUACUCCUGACCCAGAAACAGGCCUCUUGUUUCUUCUCUGUCUGGAAAGUGAGUGGGUAUUCUUUCUAAUUGGUUGUUUUUUUCAACCCUGAAAAAUAUAUGACAACAUUUUAAAACA